AUGGUCCUAACACCUUCCCAGCAAAGCACAGGUCUCGCCCUGCUUCGCAUCUCACCUGUUUUCCUCGCUGCUGUUAGCGGCACUUUCUCUUACAUCUCGCACGAAUAUGUGGCAGCCUUCAAGCACAAGGCCGUGUCCUACGAGGCGCGCAGCGCCGUCAUUCCCGGGUGGUGGGACCACAUCCGUCCCGUCAGCUUGCCAGUCAUCUGGUUGAGUUUCAUCCCAAACUUCUUUCUCGGCCUGGCCAACGCCAACAGCUCGACGCUUUGGGGCUGGCUCGGCGACGGCAGCAAAGGCGCCGUCGGGACCCUGGCGUCUCGCCUCUACUUCAUCGGGGGUAUUGUCAGCAUCGCUUACUUCCCCCACACCCUUUCCCGCGGGUUUGUUCCGCUGCAGACCAAGGCCAUGAUGGUCCCCAAGGUCCCUGCGGAGAAGCGCGAGUGGGCCCUCAACGAGUUUCUUCGCAUGGAUUUCCAGCGUGGCUGGACCGCUGGCUUCCCCGUCUGCGUCCUCUUCCUAGCUGCCACUACUGUCUGGGUUGCCGACCAGCUCUAG